AUGACAGAACUUAUGAGAAAUCCGCGAGUAAUGAAGAAGGUGCAAUCUGAAAUCAGAAAUCAAAUUGGUAACAAGUCAGUGAUCAGCUUGGAUGACAUAAAUCAGCUCCAUUACCUUAAAAUGGUGAUCAAUGAAACAUGGAGGCUACAUCCUCCAUCUCCUCUUAUGGUUCCAAGAGAAAUAAUGUCUGAAUUUAAGAUUAAUGGCUACACGAUUCCUGUCAAGACACGGCUUUAUGUGAAUAUAUGGGCUAUCGGCCGUGAUCCGGAUAUCUGGAAAGACCCAGAGAAGUUUCUUCCAGAAAGGUUUAUUAAUAGUGGGAUUGACUCAAAAGGACAGAACUUUGAGUUGUUGCCGUUUGGAAGCGGUAGAAGAAUAUGUCCUGCCAUGUACAUGGGAACAACAAUGGUGGAGUUUGGCCUAGCUAAUAUGUUGUAUCAGUUUGACUGGACAUUACCAGAAGGCAUGGUGGUUGAAGAUAUUGACAUGGAAGAAUCUCCUGGACUCAAUACAAGCAAGAAAAAUGACCUUGUACUGGUUCCUGUGAGAUAG